AUAAAAUCACAUGACUUAAAUCUAGAGAAAUGAGAAUCGUCAACUACAAGAAGCUUACAACACAAUCUUCUCAAUUUGCAAGUUCCACGAACAGCAUAUAAACUUCUUUUCCAUCCAAUAAUAAGGCAACAUAUUCCAAAAUUUUCACAAUUCAGAAUCCAUCACAGUUCAUCAUGGUCUCUGAUAAAAGAACAAAAAUGAUGUUCUCUUUAUCUCACUCAUUAUCAGCAGAGAAAAUCGCCAACAAUGAUGAUCUUUUAACCGAAAUCCUUCUUCUUCUACCCAUAAAAUCUCUAUUUAAAUUCAAGUGUGUAUCCAAGAACUGGCUAUUUCUCAUCUCCAAUCCUGACUUCCACCAUCGCCUUAACCUCUCUGACUUCCCUUGUGCCCUCUUUGUGCAUAGAUUGCCUUUUUCUAACAACCCUCUAUUUGACUUCAUCAAACUCGAUUCCAGUUACUCUGAGGCUCCAUUUGAAAGGCUAAAUUUUGCUAAUGAUCUGUUUGGUAUCGAUAUCAUUAACUCUUGUAAUGGAUUGCUAUUGUGUUCUAGUACUCAGAGGUACUCAUCUCAAGCCAGAUACUACAUUUACAAUCCUACUACCAAGCAACAUACUGUACUUCCUCCAGUAAGUCAAGUUGAUGAUGAAUCGUACAGUCUUCAUUUAGCUUUUGAUCCUUCCAAAUCACGCCACUACAAAGUUAUAUGUGUACGUCAAUACAUCGUUUCUGAACCUCAUUAUAAUAUAGAGAUUUACUCGUCAGAAACUAGGCUAUGGAGGGUAACAGCUGCGAGUUUUACGGUGGACAGCUUGGACAAUGAAGUUGCUGGUGGGGCAUUUUGGAACGGAGCUAUUCAUUGGAUUACUGACUGGGGUCCUUGUUUUUAUUUAGAUGAAGAACAAGAACAGAUUCGAGAGAUGCCAAUGCCUCCAAAGCCAGAUGAUUGGAAUCGGAGGAGGGUGAUGUAUUUUCAGGAGUCUAGAGGAUACUUGAACCUUAUUGAGAUUUAUCAACACGCAGCUACUCAAUUUAACGUGUGUGAAUUAAAGAAAGACUACUCGAGAUGGUUUGUCAAGUAUAGGGUUGAUCUCGGAGUUAUAAGAUCAUUUCCUGAGAUGAUUAAAACCGAGUUAGAACCAACUGUGUUGAACUAUUAUGCUUACCAAAUCUGGUCUAUUGUAAGGGGUAAAAAUGAUGAGGACUCCUAUAUGGUGCUACAUUUACCAGCGAAAAUCGUACGGUAUAACUUAAAAGAUGGAAGUUUCAAGAAGCUUUGUAAUUUUACUCCUGGAAAGGGUGCAACUAAGUAUAAGCAGGAGAAUGCUAUGAACUUGAAGUAUUAUAGAGCUUAUGAGUACAUAAAGAGUCUAGCUACUGUUUGAUUACACUAUUAAUUUAGCAAUUCAACUAAAACUUGAAUAAAAUGUUUUUCAUAAUUUGAUAUUUCAU